UCCGCCGGGAUGAAGUACGUCGAGGCGGGGAUCGCAUACUCGCUCCGCGUGAAGAGGUUGACGGGAAUCUGGCGCGCGCCAGUACUGCCGGAGGGGUUCAUGGCUGCUGGUGUGAGUGUGUGUGACUUCACUCUCGCAGUGUGAUUUCUGAAAUUCUCGAGUGGAGGUUACGGGACCAAAUGUGUGUUCUGCUUCAGAACCUCGUGGUUCUUGAACUCGCUCACCCCGCCACACCCCGGAGAUAGGGUUUCACCGCCCUCGGAGGCCGCCUUCUCCCCCGCCCUCCACCACCUCACCAUCGCCGACCACCCCACCAACACCAACGACAAUGCCCGGCCCUCUCUACCGCGACCCCUGGGCCAAGCGGGAAGCCUGGCGCAAGAGCCCCAUCUUCUCGAACAAGGCCAUGUUCCGGAACAUGUUCCCCGGCCUCGGCACAGCCAUCGUCGCGUUUGCCGCGUACGUCGUCUACGACGACUACUUCGCGCCCAAGAAGGACCACCACCACUAGGAGUAGGGCAGCAUAGAGCAUGAAACAUUAGGCAGACUGUCGAGUGGUUCUCGCACUUCAGGCCGCUGGCCCAAACUGACGGGCUUCACCAAGACGCUCGCUCGUCUGCCACUGGAGAGCAGAAGCGCGACACGGUGUCCAUGCGC